UGUGUAACUGAAUGAGCGCUUUACAGUCGCCCUGCGUAAAUACGCAUUGUGGCAGGAGUUAUGUUCAUUAAGACAUUCUUUCGCGGAUUGAGGCGAAGAGAGAGAAGCUUUACAUAAUUGCGUUUAUGCCUUUUCACGUGAAAUGCUCCUUUAAAAGAAGGUUUCGUUUAAAUACACCGAGGUACAUCGAGGGCGAACGGACUGGCGCGCUCUGGUUUCUGCACAGUUAGCUCCACAUAUUACAUACAAAAAUGGUUACGUCGUAUCCAUUACCGAAGGGAUUUUCCGACUUCGAUGUGUUCUCCCUUGGAUCUUGCCUGCUCGUGGAGGGUCUCCUCGGUUUCUUCCUGAAUGCCGUGACCGUAGUUGCUUUUCUUAAAAUAAGAGAAUUACGGACCCCGAGUAAUUUUCUUGUCUUCAGUCUGGCUUUGGCAGAUAUGGGGAUUUCUAUGAACGCCACCGUUGCAGCCUUCUCCAGCUUUUUAAGAUACUGGCCUUACGGAUCAGAUGGAUGCCAGACCCAUGGCUUCCAAGGUUUUAUGACCGCACUUGCCAGCAUUCACUUCAUCGCAGCCAUUGCUUGGGACAGAUAUCAUCAGUAUUGUACCAGGACAAAGUUGCAGUGGAGCGGUGCUAUCGGCCUAGCCAUUUUCAUUUGGUUGUUCACUGCCUUCUGGGCUGCCAUGCCUCUGAUUGGCUGGGGAGAAUAUGACUAUGAGCCCCUGCGGACCUGCUGCACUCUGGACUACAGCAAGGGUGAUAGGAACUAUGUAUCUUACCUGAUCCCCAUGUCCAUCUUCAACAUGGGCAUUCAGGUAUUUGUCGUGCUGUCUUCCUACCAGUAUAUUGAUAAGAAGUUCAAGAAGACUGGCCAGGCCAAGUUCAACUGCAGCACUCCUUUGAAGACUAUGCUGUUUUGCUGGGGACCCUAUGGUGUCCUGGCCUUCUAUGCUGCUGUGCAGAAUGCUACCCUUGUCUCUCCUAAACUAAGAAUGAUCGCUCCCAUUUUGGCCAAGACAUCACCUACCUUCAAUGUCUUUGUUUACGCUCUUGGAAAUGAAAACUACAGAGGAGGAGUCUGGCAGUUGCUCACUGGUCAAAAGAUUGAGACUCCUGCUAUUGAGAACAAGUCCAAAUAAACCAACCACCAAAUCAUUCAUUGAAUGUUCUGGUACUGUAGUUUUAACAGGUAUGACAUCUGUUUAUUGUCUUUGCUUAUGUCAUUUUUGGUAUGUAUUUAUGUGCCUCAGGUGUGCUGAUCAAUUGUGGUGUGUUAUGUUUAAUAUGACAAUUUCAAGGAGUGAAUACAGCAUGCAGCUCCUAAUGAAUAUUUAAUUCAACAGGGUCCAAUUUUAUAAGUUGUUAGAAAAGAAUUUGUGGCUAUUUUUCAAUAUAAAUUAAGCUACUGUCAAGGUCAUAUAAUCUAUUUUAAAGGUAUAAGGUUUCUGGUAAACUAUUAUUGCUUUUAUACAUUAAAUUACAUAAAAAAUGUGACAGCAUCCACCAAAAUAAAUUAAACUACACCUAAUUCUACAAUCACCAUGUUCAUUUAUUUAGUCAUGUUGUCCAGAAUGUAAAGUUUAACAAUACAAUACGGUUAGGAACUGUAGUGUAUGUUUUUCCAUAUGUGGAAAAGAUUUCCUAUGAGAGAAGGUCUACAUCAAGCUUUUGAGACUGAAUUAGGCAAGCAACAUCAUCUAAUCUCAGUAACACUGGAGCUUUUUAUGAAAACACAUUCCCCAGUGCACGAGAUUAGCAAAAAGGAAAGAUUACGCAGGAGUCACGCUUUAAUUGGAAAUGUUCUCAUACCAGGGUUCUUGUUUUUCUCAUGCAUAUUCUCUCUCCAUUUCAACAGUAAAUCUUGCUGAUACUUAAACAAUCUAAACAGAAAGUAUUUUUUUAUGCAGGGACACUGUAUAAAUAUUAUACUAGAAAAAUGAACAUACACCCAAAAGCUAAAUAUAAAGGUAGUUCACCUAACAUUAAUUUUGAACACAUUUGUUCUGCUGAACAAAUAAUACACUAUGUAGGAAAGUUUUUCAAUCAAAUCCAUAAGUAAAUUGAAAUUGCAAACACAACAUCACACAAUUACACUAUAAUAAAUGAUGCUUCUUGCUUCUCUGUGCUGAAGUUAUGACACAUCUAUGUUCGUGAUGUUUAGUGUAAUGUAUAUCCUGACUGCAGACGCCGUGAUACUGUAUAAUCACUCUGGCAUUUCAGAAAUGCAGGACCAUUAACAAUCCAUAAAAAUGUUACCCAAAUUAUUGUAUUUUGUGUCACAGAGAUGUAAUGUUUGAGUGAAAUUCUGUACCAUGACACUUACUGUUCCGUUAAAUUUGUUGUCUUGUUAAAAAGUCUCUAUUUAAGGUUAACUUUCUCAAGUGCACGUUAUCUUGUGAAUGAUGUGCAACAUUUCUUGUUCAGUGGAUAUAUUGUCAACUAAAGUCCAUUUUUAUCACCCAAGAGGCAAGACAGUUAAAUAAACAUAGCUGGACACGUCUCUGUGUUUUGAUGUUAGAAUAUCACAUUCUCUAAGAUCUCAGUUUCUCUCCGGUCCUGACUUGUUCUCAAUUUAUAACAUUUAACAUAUUGCACAGACAGUGCUAGUGUCUGGGCCUCUGCCCUGCAGUCCAGAGUAAUCAGUCACAGGCUUACAAUCAGCUUGUGGUUCAAAAGCUGGGUGAGGGGUUACGCUGGCUGCCUGGAGCCACGCAUUUUUCAUUUGAUUGAACAUCUUCAGUUCACAUGUGAAGCAUAUUAUGCAAUCAUUACGCAAAUGUGCAUGGAAGCAAAGCAGACUGUCACAUUACCAGGAUUGUUAGUUCACACAAGCAAGUGUUUUUACAAACAGAAAAUAUCAGUAAAUUAAAAAGUGAUGACAUGGUGGUCCAAUUAAUUCCAAACAAGAAACCUCUGGAAUUUGUUUCAUGAUCUCUGUUUAUGAACAUUAAAUGAUGCUUUGAAUAAUUACCGUGGAUACCACAGUCAAAAGGAACAUUUUUGGUGUUUUUGCAGAGAAAUUGUAUUUUAGGGGAUUAUGGAUAUAGAGUAAUCUGGAUUACUGAUGUGUGCGUCAUUGCUUUUUUAAAGUGCUGUGUGUCAUUUAAAACACGAAAACCAUUUUAAUUUUACUGUACAAAAAUGAUAAAAGGGAUAUAAUGAUAAAUUAACAUCUCAAAUGAAAAUCUGCCUAAAUACAACAAAAUUUGGAUGUUACUAUUGACUUUAUCAGCAUUUAAAUGAUGCACACAUUUAGAGCCACUAUGAGCUAGUGCUAAACAACAAUGUCAAUUUUCACAAUAUACCAACUACAAAUAUGAUGUUUAGAAAAUGUAUUUAAUUAAACCACUAGCAAUUAUGGCAAGAAAUGUAAAAUAUCUAUAAAGCACACUUUGUAGUUUACAACAUGCUUAAAAUAAAAAUGGUUUCCAUUAUCACAUGUCACGUAGAAUUUAGCAACAAGACUUUUAAAUGUCACUAUUUAUAUUUUUACUUUAAAACUGAGAGUCUAUGGUGUGCAAUGAUUUCUUA